GUACUUUCCUCCAUUCUAGGUGCAGUCAUGCCGAAGAAGAGAGGGCGCAAGCGGGUGGCCCUGACGGAUGAAGAACGGCUGAUUAUGAUGCAACAGAAGAAGCUGGCUGAGGAAGAAAUGAUGAAGAAGAAGGAGGACAUGCUGGCCCAGUUCCUAAAGGAAAAACUGGCCAAAGAGGAGCGCAACGGGAAUAUAAACCUGCACAAGAUCACCCUACAGUGGCGCACGGUGCUUCGUGAAGUCAAGGCCAGGGAGCUGCGUAAGGACAUUGAGAUUCUUAGCCAGAUUGAACGUGUGGUGGACUGCAAAGACAGUGUCAUUAAGGCCCUCGCUAAGGACCUCACUGAGGCAGAAGCUCAAUAUGCGCAUGCUUUGCGCAGCCACUUGCACAACAUAGACCAGCUGUUGCAACUCCAGCGCUGCCGCAUUGGCUACUUAGAGGAGGAUUACCAAACGGAGCUGCGAGCUCUGCAGAAGGAGUUUGACACAGAGAGGAAGAUAAUUAUAGGCCACCAUAAUGUAGAGAGCCAGUACCUGCAGGAUGUGCUGCUGGCUAUGGAGCAAAACUUUACUGACAGUGAAUAUGAGGCCAGGCUCGACUUCCCAGAGUACAAUAGAGAUGACGUCAAGAACAAGAACUUGGAGGAUAAGCAUUACCUGCGCAUUCAGUUGGAGGGUAAAGUGGAGGAGCUGUGGAAACUCCAACAGGCCUUGCGUACUUACACAGAGGCAACGGAAGACCGCAAGAUUGCCUUUGGCCUCAAACGCAGAGAUGAGAAGAGCACCAAGGAGAUCGAGAUGCAGAUGAGGAAACUGCAGAAGAUGCAAGACCUCAUUGGCAUCCUGAAGAACAAAAUUGCAAUUCAUGCGCGGGAGAGCGAGGAGCAGAACCGGCGAGUCCGCGAUGAGAAGGAGGUGGUGCUGAAGCAGCUGCAGAAGCUCAAGAGCGAGAUGAACCGGGCCAGAGCCAAGGCCCGUAGCAACCUGGCUAAGCUGUCCAGGGAGAGCAGCGGGGCUCUCAAAGUGUUGGAACGUGUGAUGCAGAAGGCAGAGCUUAUCCUGCGCCUGGCUGAGAUGUGCCGCAGGCUGGAGUCUGAGGAGGAGAAAGUGCUGCUUUAUGCCAGUUCCCUGACCUGGGAAGAACAGAAGACUGUGGAUAAGGUGUUUCUGGAGAAACCGGAAGAGCCACUAGCCCAGAUGAUGCAGGAUUACGUGGGGCUGGAGCGCUUCUGGCAAAGAUACAACAAGGUGAGGCUGGAGCAGCUUUCGCUGGAGCGGACUAAGCAAGCGCUGCUCCAAGACAAUCUCAGGCUGAGGCAGCUGCUUCAAAGUACCCUGGAUGGCAUAUCGGUGAACGACGAGGUUCUGAGCCAGAUCAAUCCACUGAUGAUUGUCAACCAGCAAACAUUGGCCACCUUCGCCCAGCCUGCCAAGCAGCCGAUCUAUAACGUGGUCGAGGCAGCACUCGAGGUCAAGCGGAUCCUCUAAGUCAGUGGCGUGUGCUUUCAAAGUACCCUCCUCUGUCAUGGUUAACAGACCACUGGGCAUAAAGAAGAGUGAAGCUAUCCCAGCCAGGAGCCUGUUGGGGGGUCCUUUGGGAGAAGGGCCA